UUGAGAGCAAAGGAGGGUAGUGUGACAUUGUGGUCGGAUACCUACCCAAUCCCGUGCGUAAAAGCCGUUUGUCGAAGACGUUUGGAUAACCAAGACGCAGCCUUUCCAAAGUGAUCCCCGACGAAAAAACGACGCCGCGCAAGAGAAGUUUUCUACGGAACGAGACACUGAAUUGUCGCUUUGCGCGCGUGACAAUCAGAAGUUUUCUUUCCCCCGGCCUUGACAGACUGCAGCAGCGGAAGCCAGGGAGGCGCUGGAAUCACAGGGAGCAGGGGAGAGUGCGCGCGCGUUCUCGCUCAGUAGCAAGAGAGAGGGAAGGAAUCUGGGAGAGGGGGAAGAGAAGCGGCGUCACCAAGGAUGACUUUGGGGACGGAUAUGUCCGACAGCUCUGCUUUGUCCGAAGAUGUGGACAUCGAUGUGGUCGGCGGGGACGUCACCGUCGGGAAGGACGGAAAGUUCAUCCACCGGGAGUUCAGCCUGGAACCCGACUCGGACGACAACUUCUCCCAGAACGCGGCCGACAGGGCUGAGUCUCCCGGGCUCAGGGAUUCCGAGCAGCUGGGCGCCGGCGCGGAGGCAGGAGCCGUGACCGGGGACAAACCCCGGAAAAGUGCCCUCGUGAAGCCGCCCUACUCCUACAUCGCCCUGAUCACCAUGGCCAUCCUGCAGAGCCCCAAGAAGCGCCUGACUCUCAGCGAGAUCUGCGAGUUCAUCAGCAACAGAUUCCCCUACUACCGGGAAAAAUUCCCCGCGUGGCAGAACUCCAUCCGUCACAACCUUUCUCUGAACGACUGCUUUGUGAAAAUCCCACGGGAGCCCGGAAACCCCGGGAAGGGCAACUACUGGACCCUGGACCCUGAUUCCGCAGACAUGUUCGACAACGGGAGCUUUUUGCGCAGAAGGAAACGUUUCAAGAGGCAUCAAAAUAAUGAAAUCCUCAGGGACUCUGGCGGCUUUCUUCCAGGUUUUGGAUACGGGCCAUAUGGAUACAACUACGGGCUGCAACUGCAGAACUUCCACGCAGCCCACAGCGCCUACCAUCCACACCAUUCGGGUGGCUCGUUUCCAUUCCCCAACACCCACUGCACCUUGCCCACAUCUGCCUCCAUCUUCCCUGCGCCACACCACCUCCCCUCCCUCCUGGGAGCAGAUUUAAGAAAACCAUUUUAUCCCCAACUGAGUCCGUCCCUGCCGCCCCUCAAGACAGACUCCAGCACCCCGACCCGGCCUUCGUUCUCCAUCGACAACAUCAUCGGAGCGUCCAACUCCAGCAGCGCGUCCUACAGCGCGCAGGCGGGCAGCCAGGCUCAGAUUCUGGCCAUGCUGACCCCGGCCCUGGCCUCUGCCUCCACUCACUUGAACUUACCGCAGGAGAGCGCGGUACAAGCAGCGCCCCAGACUUUCCCCACCAAAAACCCAAAUAUGAACACUUGUCCUUUCUAAAAAACACAAAAAAUGAAAAUGGUAUUAUCAAAAAAGAAACAAUUUGGCGUGGUUGUAAAAAAAAAAAUCAAGGUAAGGUGGACAUCCUUACUGAAGAAAAACUGAUUUUUUUUACUCCAUGUUUUCUGACAGAGGAAGAGGAGUUUAUUUAUGGGCUGUACAUAUGUGUAUAAAACUGGGAGACAGAAGCAGAAAAAAAUGGUUUAGAUUUUUUCAUCUGGUUUGCUAUGCGGCCUUUAUUCAAACAGGCGGAAGAAAAAUGAAUAUUCAGAUAUUUAAAGUUUUCACGGGGAUCACUCUCAUUUUUCUAAAUAGAAUUGAAGUGAAAUAUGGUUUCUAUUGUGUUGUUUUUUUUUCAUCGUGAGAAAAUGGCACUGUUGUUGUUGACCUAGAUACGGCAAAAACUCAGGUUUUUACUUAGAAAGCACAUGGAAACCCAAGAAGGCGGUUUCUGAAAUUAAAAUUAUAAUAGUAAUAAUAAUAAUAAUCCAUCCUGGUCUCCUCUACAUGGUGAACUUGUGACUCUAUCAUGUCAUGUUGUCAGUGGACACGUAGGUCGUGUGAUCUUACAGAGCGUAAUGCCUCUCAGCCUUUUACUUGUGCGGUCCUCUUUAUUCACAAAUGAACCUGUGAAACAUACAGUUGUGUCAUGUGUUGCCAAUAGAUAAACACUUCAAUGUUUAUAGGUCAUUUUCUGUUGUAAUAAAGAGAUUAAUAAAUGUUUGUGAAUGAAAGAGAA